ACGGAAUUCGGAACUGGAAAUCCAUCCCAAUUCCCCUGGUAUUCAACUACACCUGCACCCCCUCCCCUUCAAUACCAAGCCCCCCACCUCGGUAUUGCUCAGAAUUCAAUUACACCCGCAUCCAAACAACAACAUUGGUAUUGCAGAUCAAUUCUAUUUCCCUCAGAUUUGGUAUUCCUAGAUCAAUUCAAUUCCACCACGUGAAUGCCUACAUCCAAACGAAGCAUUAGGGGAUGAAAUUUAGAGGACGUUGUUGGAGACAGCCUCACUCCUCACCACCACAAGUGAAGUCACCGACGCACGCACGGCUGCAGCGCGCUCCUACUCUCCCGCGAUCGCCACCGGGGAAGGGGCAAUAGAAUAAAGUGAGGGCAGCCAAUGCAGGCCGCCGUCAACACCACCACUGUCGGCGCUCACCCGCACCCAACAAAGUCCUCGUUCCUCCGUCCGUCCCCUCCUUGCCGCGUCUACUUCCACGCUUCUCCACGCCCGAACCUUAGGGCGAUCGCCAUGGCCAGCAAGUCGCAGCUGCAGGACCAACUGAUCAUCACUCGCCCCGACGACUGGCACCUCCAUCUUCGCGAAGGCGGUGUCCUCGAGGCUGUAGUGCCACACAGCGCGAGGCAUUUUGGGAGGGCCAUCAUCAUGCCCAACCUGAAGCCGCCGGUGACCACAACGGCACGGGCCGUGGAGUACAGGGAGGAGAUAAUGAGGGCGCUGCCGCCAGGGAGUAGCUUCGAGCCGCUCAUGACACUAUACCUCACAGACAACACAAGCCCAGAGGAGAUCAAGCUCGCAAGAAAGAGUGGUAUAAUUUUUGCUGUGAAGUUGUAUCCUGCUGGAGCAACUACCAAUUCCCAAGAUGGUGUCACUGAUAUAUUUGGGAAGUGCUUGCCGGUCCUCGAGGAGAUGGUCAGGCAGGAAAUGCCGUUGCUUGUUCAUGGAGAAGUCACAGAUCCACAUGUUGACACAUUUGACCGCGAGAAGGUUUUCAUUGACAAAAUAUUAGCACCACUUGUACAAAAACUUCCGCAGCUGAAAAUUGUCAUGGAACAUAUCACAACUAUGGAUGCAGUGAACUUCAUAGAAUCAUGUGAAGAAGGUCAUGUUGCUGCAACAGUGACUCCCCAGCAUCUCCUCCUCAAUAGGAAUGCUUUAUUUCAGGGUGGCUUGCAGCCACACAAUUAUUGCUUGCCAGUACUGAAAAGAGAGACUCAUAGACAAGCUAUUGUGUCUGCUGUAACAAAUGGGAGUAGACGGUACUUCCUUGGUACUGACAGCGCUCCCCAUGAUAAACGGAACAAAGAGUGUUCCUGUGGAUGUGCUGGAAUAUAUAGCGCUCCUGUUGCCUUGUCUCUUUAUGUGAAGGUAUUUGAAGAGGCUGGUGCCCUUGAUAAACUAGAAGCAUUUACAAGCUUCAAUGGCCCUGAUUUUUAUGGCCUCCCAAGGAACACUUCAAAGAUUAUCUUGAGAAAGAAUGCCUGGAAAGUUCCUGCUACUUAUAAACACAGUUCAGGGGAGAUUGUGCCUAUGUUUAAUGGCAGCACCCUUGAAUGGCUUCCAUCUGAUCAGCCUAAAGAGUAAACAGUAUACAUUAUUGGACCCAGCACUUGGGGGAAUCAAUAGUGCAAUUCUGGAAGUAGCUAAAAGGCCAUAUUGUAUGUUUAUCAAGGCUAGUCUACUGAUCUAGACACCAUAGCAUCUGUGGUUUCUAAGGUGACAAGGCGACCAGGCAAGAGCUGGGUGUGUCUGGACGCCUAGAUGGCACAAGGUGCUACUUUUCCCCAAGGCGAGCUGGGUAUGCUUGGACACCUAGCCUCUGAAACAUGCUACCACAUCCAUAAUAAUGUAAUGAAUAAAUAUCAGCAUUUCAGUUACAUAGCCGUAUAACCUUCUAGUCCGGACAUAAUAUUUCUAUGUUUUUGUUACUCUGUGUCUGAAUAAAUAGAUUUCUACUUUAAAAUUGUCUUUAAAUAAA